AAGUCGGCCAAUUCGCUACUUUUAGCCCAAUGUGGCAAGAGUGAAGCGUGGCGCGACUCACGCGUCGUCUGCUUGUUAUUGUUUGCUGCAGGCCAAGUCAGUAGCACCAACACUAGAAAGUAUUCUGCCGCCUUCACUCUUCCCUAAACAUAAAAAAACCCAGCUGAAUUAGAACUAAAUUAAAAAAAAUCGUACUUUAUGUAUGCGAUAUUAACGAAAAAUUAUCUUUAUCGCUGCUAGUAGAUAUAUUUGUUGGUUAGUUUUUUUGGAGAGUUUAUUUUAUCCGUGUUGGUGUACUGACUUGGACUCAGUGUUAGGUGAUAAUUGUUUUGCCUUCCGAAUGUUGGAGAAGCAGAGUGAAUUGUGCACUGUGUAACGUUCAGUGUCAUCCUCUCUAAAUAAUCUCACAGACGAGGUGUUUCUCUCUUUAAAACUCUGGUAAAUUCGGAGCCCAGUGUAAAAGCUUUAGUGUAAGAAUACAAGAGAGCAACGUGACGCCGGGAGGCAGGUGAGCUGCUGUCUGGAGCUGACCUCUUGAUCUUCCUCUAUCUUGUGAGGAUGGCAAAGCCACCCCGUACAAGUGACUUGGUUACAGUGCUGCGGGGCCUGUCCCGUGUUGGGUCAGCCUUGGUAGAUGUCAGGUCACAAGAUGCUAAGAAGGCAUGGUCUACAUCUUCACUUCGUUCACUAAUUGCACAGGGAAGUAUUAGUCUGCAAGAUUCCAUCAUCAGGACACUGCAGGAACCACAAAUAUUUCAGAAAGAUGUGUCAAAGAAUGCAGCAGAAGCCCUCGAACGAAUAUCUGUAGUUGCCAAGGGUAUCAAAGCUCUCCGAAACACAGCUACUUCUACUGCAGGAAUUUCUGAAAAGACUGAGGGAUAUGAUCCACUGUAUGACCCAAAUGUUCAAGAAUUAAGUAUUGAAGAAAUUAUGAUGCAAGAAGCUGUGGAUGGAUACACUGACCCAACAGUGGCUGGAGUGAAGCCAAGUAUUGGCAACAAAAUCACAAGUGCUCUUAGUGGUGUUCAGGAAGUUACAAGCAGUAUUGUAGAAACCUUCAAAGGUUCACAAGAUGACGUUAAUAAAAGAAUAGAACAGUUUGAACCUCUUCUUGAUGUAAAAGAAAUUGAAGAGAGAGAAAUUACUGAAGAGCAUCUUCAGGCUCUUGAUGAUAAAUUGUCUGAAAUUCAAGGUAUUGCCUUUGGUCAUGAUAUUAAAAUAUUCAAUGAAGUAGAGCAAUCUAUACCUUUAGAGGGUGUGGAGGAUAUAGCUGUCAGGAAAGAUACAGCAAAACUCUCAAAUUCUGUACUAGAUACAAUAGAAAAAGAAAUUCAGCAUAUAGCUUCCUCUGAGAAGGGUAAGGAAACCAGUUAUGCACAAGACAUUAGCAAUAGAAAUGUACAAAAUGCAAAAGAAGAAAAAAUUUUAAAAGAGAAAGUAAUAACAGAAGUGAGUCAUUCCCAGGAAGCUACGUCUGAAAGCAAGGAUGCCAGUGCCGAUUUGGACAACUCUCUGUCACGGACAAUAGAGCUUGUCAAUCUUAAAGAAUCACAAACAUCAACUAUUUGUAUUGGUAACGAGAAGGUUGAAGUUCACAUGGAUCGUAAAAGUCAGUCACCGCAAAUUCCAAGCAUUUUUAGGUCUGCUAUUUCUACCACUGAUGUCUCUGGGGCUGUUAGUGAUGGUGGCACAGAUGCAUCCGCACCCACAAAUGCUUUAGACAUUAAGAGCUCACAAAGUCAAACUGGAUCUACAGGGAGUCAGCCACCACAGGAAGCAGCCCUUUCAUCUGCUGCUGCUGUUACUUCUACAGUUCAUUCUCCCCCUUAUGCUGAACCAUUGACUGAAAGUAAAGCCAUUCAUGCAAGCUCAAAACCAAAACUCUUGGGAAGAAAGCCAUUAGCUAAAGAAAAACCCAAAAACACACUUUCAGACACUGCACAAGCACGUAAAGUCCCUUACUCCCGAAUUGGACGCCUAAUGUCCUUCGGGGGUCUAGCAGCUGGAUUAGGAGUGGGCACUAUUGCAGAAAUGACUCGCCGAUCCCUGGGUGUGAAAGAUGUCAAUGGCAGUGGAUCUUUAUUAGAUGGAUCACCCUUCUUGACAGAGGCAAAUGCGAAAAGAAUUGUUAAUACGUUGUGCAGGGUAAGAGAAAGUUAUAGCAGAGCAGUUGGGUCAAGACUGGCGCUCUAAGAUUGCUUCAUUUGAAGAGAAGCCCUUUGCUGCUGCUUCCAUUGGUCAGGUCCAUUUGGCAACUCUUCACGAUGGCCGGUCAGUGGCAAUGAAGAUUCAAUACCCAGGAGUUGCCCAAGGAAUUGAAAGUGAUAUAAACAAUCUUAUAUCCACUCUUAGUGUUGCAAGUAUUCUUCCUGAAGGUCUCUUUGUGGACUCGAUUGUUGAGGUGGCCAAGAAAGAGUUAAGGUGGGAGUGUGAUUAUGUUCGGGAGGCUGAGUGCACCAAAAGGUUCAGUGAGUUAGUGAAGCCUUAUCCUGAAUAUUAUGUUCCUGAAGUGGUCUCUGAGCUGUGUACAUCACAAGUCUUCACUACAGAGCUGAUUGAUGGUAUUCCAGUGGAUAAAUGUGUUGAUAUGGAUCAAGAGACUAGAAAUUUCAUAUGUGAAAAGAUACUUCGCCUGUGCCUUUUAGAACUCUUUUACUUUGGCUACAUGCAGACUGAUCCAAACUGGUCAAAUUUCUUCUAUAAUGCAGAAACAGAGCAGGUAGCACUCUUGGACUUUGGUGCAUGUCGGGAUUAUAGCAAGAGUUUUGUUGACAAGUAUAUCCACUUAAUCCACGGUGCAGCAAUAAAAGACUAUGAUAAAGUUCUCCAGUACUCACAGAAGCUCGGCUUCCUGACAGGAUAUGAGGCAAAGGUAAUGGAGAAAGCACAUGUGGAUGCUAUCAUGAUUCUGGGUGAAGCAUUCCAAGAAGCAAAACCAUUCCACUUUGGAGACCAGGAUACCACAUAUAGAAUACAGCAUCUCGUUCCAGUUAUGCUUUCACACCGCAUGUGUGCUCCACCUGAGGAAUCUUACUCACUGCAUCGUAAAAUGUCAGGUGUUUUCCUUCUGUGUGCAAAGUUGAAUGGAAUUGUAGAGUGUCAGUCAAUGUUUGAGGAGGUGUUCAGUAAUUACAGGUUUGGGGGUAGUUGGGAAGACUUCCAUGCUGGCAGGUUAUGAUCAUAAUACACUAUAAAAGCUUUCUUAGUCUUACUAUCAAAACAUUGUCUUUGAAGUGACAAUUAAUAUUGUGGCAUUACACAGAAAUGGAAAAGGCAAGUUUAACAUAAAGAAGUUUCUUACAAGUACAGUACAGUACAGUACUGAACAAUUGAUACAGUAUUUUAGUUAAUUACUGCAGCAUAGAUGUUCAGGGUGCUGAAAGAGGUGUUUAGUAAGUAAUAGCUCAUAACUUAUGUAAAGAUUGUUAGUAAUGUGAUAGUUCAUUGGUGAUUGUUUAUCACGCUUGGCUUAUAUUGAGGAAGCUCCAGUACCAAGGCUCUAGACCUACAGUAGGAACAGUGCUUCAUGAUCAAAACAACCAGCAUUGAGUUCAAAAGUGGUCACUCAGAGGUAUUUAUCAUGGGACGGUAAGUCUGGUAAAUGUUGAGAAAGCUACUACAUGGAUUCAAAAUUUGUUUCAUAGCAAUUUCUUUCUUUUGUGCAUGGAUCCAAAAAACUGCAGAUACUGUACUGCAUUACAUGAAAAAUUCCCCUAUAAUUUAAACAAAAAGCUAGGCUCUGAGUGUAUAUGAAAAGUGCCUUUUCUGUGGGGGAGCCACGGAGGCUCCCUGAAGCUAUCCGAACUGAUAUGGACCAUAUUAGUUUGGGGUCAUCAGUCACAGGGGUUCUUAUGCCUACCAGGAACCACA